AUGGCCGCCAGCGCUAUCUCCCUAGUCCAUAGCUUUAAUGUUAUCCACGCCGAUAUCAGUGCACGAAACUUCCUCGUCGCUGACGACUUAUCGAUCAAGCUUUGCGAUUUCUCUGGCUCGGCAAUUAGUGAAAAAGCUCCUCUUGUAGAGGAGGAAGAUCGAUAUCGGAUGGCCCCUGAUUCCCCACGGUCCACCGUGACAGAUAUUUUUGCACUGGGAUGUCUGAUAUUCGAGAUCACGACCGGUCUGCGCCUAUACGAUGAAAUUAAUGACGACGAUUAUCAAGAGAUUGAAAGCCGCUAUGCUAUUGGUCAAUUUCCGUGUCUUGACGGUCUUCCUUACCGAGAAAUCAUACACAAGUGCUGGACUUGUCAGUACACCAACGUCGACCAGCUUAAGCGUGAUCUGCAAAAGAGAAAGGGAGUUGGCCGAUUGAUCUUGCCUGUUUCUCUUUCAGGGUCUGGAACAGGGGUUACGAUGGCAACGCGUCUGUUGUCGUUUGUCACAUCGACACUUUUUGCCAUCACAAUCAGCGGUAUUCUGCUUUGGUGGUAUCCAAAACGCGGAUAUUGGAGAUCGCAAAUGACUUGGAAUUAA